GGUCAGCUGUGGUCGAAUAUUGUUUGAUUUCAUCACCAAUUGGCGUGCAUGUAUUUGUAUACAUAUUUAUAUGAUAAUUUUAUGAUGUUUGAAUGAAAUUUGUUGGAAAUUGAAUAAUACAUUAACUACUUAAAUUAGAAAAUCAAAUUCACAAAAAAAAAUAAAAAAAAAUGUGUUUCUUAAAUGUGAAAUAUUAAUUCGCAUCGUUCAUGGUAUACUAUUGAAAAAUUAUUAUAUAUAAAAUGGAGAAGUGUACCACCACAGCUGGACAAAAUUCACUGGAAAAUAAUCAUGAUGACAAAAAGGAUAACAUUGUUAAGCGUCUUCUUUUCCAAUGUCUUCUGAUACUUUUAUGUUUAGCGUGUUAUUCUCACGCACUCAAUGGAAGCUUCGUUUUCGACGACACCGUAGCCAUCAUAAAAAACGUUGAUGUGACAACUUACCCAACAAAUUGGACAGCAAUUUUUAAAAAUGAUUUUUGGGGCACUUCUCUGCUUAGCUCAGAAUCCCAUAAAUCGUAUCGGCCAUUAACUACAUUGAUGUUUCAUUUAGAUUAUAGUAUCUUUGGAUUCCGCGCCAAACAUAUGAAAGCUAUUAAUUUAUUAUUACAUUGCAUAAAUACUCUCCUAGUAUGGAAACUUUUCGGUAAAUUCCGAUUGGAAUCCGUAAAUAAUGAUCAUGUAGCCGCAGUAGCAGCAUCAUUUUUUGCAAUACAUCCGAUUCAUACAGAAGCAGUUUGUGGAGUGGUUGGACGAGCUGAACUGGUAUAUUGUACAUUAUAUUUAGUAGCACUCCUGCUUACUUGUCAAAGAACGUGUUCAAGUUCCUGCACUGAUGUAAUAAUUAUACUAAUUACUGCAACAGGCGUAUUUAUAAAGGAGACCGCAAUAGCUAUUCCAAUAGCAUGCAUAUUCCUUGAAUACGGAAGGGCGCAUAUUUUUCUUCACCCUUGGCGUACACAAUUGAAGCAUUUAUGUUCACUCCGAAAUAUUGUAUAUGUGAUGGCUACUGUCGUAAUAAUAAUAUUUCGUUUGUGGUUGCAAGAUUUCCAGAUCCCUCAUUUUAAGCCAAUGGAUAAUCCCAUAGCAUUUGAGAAUGAUCUUUUAACUCGCAUACUUUCUCAGAAUUAUUUAUACGCCAUUAACUUGUGGAUUCUUUUAUGUCCACAAUGGCUAUGUUUUGACUGGGCCUUAGGGUGUGUUAGAUUAAUUUCUAAUGUUUGGGAUUUGCGAUUGCAAGCAGUUUUGGCUAUGUAUUCGUUAGCAAUUGUUGCCGUUAUAAAUUGCAGACAAAACUUUGCACCCGUAUUAGGACUGGGCCUAAUGGUGAUACCUUUUCUACCUGCUUCAGGAGUUAUAAAAGUUGGAUUUGUUAUAGCGGAGCGUGUACUUUAUGUACCAUCGAUCGGCUUUUGUUUCUUAGUGGCACAAGCUGUAUCCUAUGUUUAUAACGGCAAUCCGAAACCAUGGUUGCUAAACAUAUAUAAGUGGACACUAAUGUUAUGUUUCGUCAGUCUACUGAUACGAACACGAGAACGAGCUAGUCAGUGGUUAUCCGAAGACGGUCUUUUUACAUCCGCAUUAAAGGUCUGCCCAAAUAACGCUAAGGUGCAUUAUAAUAUAGCUCGUUUGGCCACGGAUAGAUUGGAUCGUGACAAAGCGCUCACACAUUAUCAUAAAGCAAUUAAUCUCUACCCGCAAUAUGAAUCAGCGCUUAUGAAUUUAGGAAAUUUAUAUCGUGAGAUAGGCGAAUUAGCCGAUGCCGAAAGAUACAUUAAAGAAGCAUUGGAUGUAGUGCCGGAUUUCGCUACCGCUUGGAUGAAUUUGGGAAUUGUUCAGGCUGCACGCAAAGAUUAUAAAAAUGCAUUACAAAGUUACAAAAAUGCACUGAAAUAUAGAAAAAACUAUGCCAUUUGUCACUACAACUUGGGCAAUCUUUAUCUUGAUCAGAAAAUGCAUAUUGAAGCGAUGGAACAUUGGCAAGAAGCGGUCACUUUAAACCCUCGUCAGCCCAAAGCAUGGGUUAAUAUACUCACAAUGCUGGACAACAGAGGACUCUACGAAGAUGCCCUACGACAUUCAGAGCAGGCGCUAACCCAUCUUCCGAAUGAAACAAAUGUUAUGUUUAUACGCGCUAACGUUUUCGGAAAACUAAAGCACUACGUUGAAGCUGAAGAGCUUUACAAGUAUAUUAUAGAGUUGGAACCAUUAAAUGUACUGUUUCAUACAAAUUUAGGCGUUUUGUACCAUCGUUGGGACAAACUUAAUGAGGCCAUAGACAGUUAUCAAAAUGCAUUGAAGUUAAAUGCGGGAAAAGCGAUAACUGCACGUGAGAACCUCAGUAAGCUACUGAAAAGAAAACGAAAAGAAAAAAAAAAUAAGUAAAACAACCGUGGAAUCUUAAAUUAUUUGCCGACUUAAUAAGAAUUCUUACGGAGUCUAAUUUUAUUAUUUGAAACAAAUACUUAUAAUUGAAGAUUCAAGUAUUUGCAUUCAAGCAUUUUUCAUAUUAGUAUUAGUAUAAGUAAUAUGAGUUUUCUGCUUCUCAGUCUCAAAUGCAUGUCUAUAUAUAGAAUAUUAAGGAUAUGCAAGUGCGAAUUCAGAAUUAAUGUUUAUUUUUAGAAUGGUAAUAUUACAUUACUCAACAGAACAAGUUUUUGAAUGCAGAAUUCAAUAUGUAUGCAAGGGCAUUUACUUGUACACAAAAGUAUUGCAGAAAUGUGUUGGAUAAUUUAAAACAUGUAUGCAUUUCAGUAGCAUUCCUUUGUUAGUGAAAAAUAUCAAUAAUCGCAUUGUUUUAUUUAUAUUCAUGUAUAUGUAUAUGUCCGUCUUUAAGUUGGUGAAAAGUUAAAAGCGAUUUAGAUGCUAAUUAAUUAAAAAUUGCUUAAUUAAGUAAUGAUUACUACAAAAUCUUUGUGCAAAUAUACAAACAUUUCUUUUUGAAGUCUGAUAUUUUUUCCUUUUUUGCGUUUUUGGUGUUUUCGUACCAGCGUUAACAUUCUCUAAAAAUAAAAACCAAAAUCUCUCUAUCCCAAUG